GGCAUGACUGUAGUGGGUGGAGAGGACCCCCUUAUCGAUGAAAACCAACAUCCCCAUGCCCUGCUGGGAGGGGAGCGUUAUGACCACCCUCUCGGCCAUUCCCUGCCUCCCCACAGUCAUCACCAAGUGGGCACCGGUGGAGAGGAGCAUGAGUGUUGUGAGAGGGUCGUGAUCAACAUCUCAGGUCUCCGCUUUGAGACCCAGCUCAAGACACUGGCCCAGUUCCCGGAGACCCUGCUGGGUGAUCCCCGCAAGAGGAUGCGCUACUUCGACCCUCUUCGCAACGAGUACUUUUUUGACCGCAAUCGGCCCAGCUUUGAUGCCAUCCUUUACUAUUACCAAUCUGGAGGCCGCAUCCGCCGCCCUGUUAAUGUGCCCAUUGACAUCUUUUCAGAAGAAAUCCGUUUCUAUCAGUUAGGCGAAGAGGCAAUGGAAAAAUUUAGAGAAGAUGAAGGUUUCAUCCGUGAGGAGCAGAGACCUCUGCCUGAGAAGGAGUUUCAGCGCCAGGUGUGGCUCCUUUUUGAGUACCCAGAGAGUUCCGGACCAGCUCGGGGCAUUGCUAUUGUAUCUGUUUUAGUCAUCCUCAUCUCCAUUGUCAUAUUUUGUCUAGAAACCUUACCUGAGUUCAGAGAUGAUCGUGACUAUGAUAGUACUGCAGGAACAUUUGGGACUGGGAGUAGUUCUUUUGUGACUGAUGUUUUCACCAAUACUUCUUCCCCAGCUACAUCUAUAGUGUCAUCCUUCACUGACCCUUUUUUUGUGGUGGAGACACUGUGCAUUAUCUGGUUCUCCUUUGAGCUGCUUGUCCGCUUCUUUGCUUGUCCCAGCAAGCCCACCUUCUCCAAGAACAUUAUGAACAUCAUUGACAUUGUGGCCAUUAUACCUUACUUCAUCACCUUGGGCACUGAACUGGCCGAGAGGCAGGGGAAUGGUCAACAAGCAAUGUCUCUGGCUAUUCUCAGAGUCAUCCGGCUAGUUAGAGUCUUCCGUAUCUUCAAGCUCUCUCGGCACUCCAAAGGGCUGCAGAUUUUGGGGCAAACUCUGAAGGCCAGUAUGAGGGAACUGGGCUUGCUCAUUUUUUUCCUCUUCAUCGGUGUUAUCCUCUUUUCUAGUGCCGUCUAUUUUGCAGAAGCUGAUGACCCCACUUCAAGUUUCAGCAGUAUCCCUGAUGCCUUUUGGUGGGCUGUGGUAACCAUGACCACUGUGGGUUAUGGGGACAUGCAUCCCGUCACUAUUGGAGGCAAAAUAGUAGGAUCUCUCUGUGCCAUCGCCGGUGUGCUGACUAUUGCCUUGCCUGUUCCAGUCAUUGUCUCCAACUUCAACUACUUUUACCACCGGGAAACAGAAGGGGAAGAACAAGCUCAGUACAUGCACGUAGGAAGCUGCCAGCACCUCUCCUCCACCGAGGAGCUGAAGAAAGCUCGUAGUAACUCCACUCUCAGCAAGUCAGAGUAUAUGGUGAUAGAAGAGGGAGGCAUCAGCAACAGUGCAUUCAAACAGGCUGCUUUUAAAGCAAACAACUGCUCUGGCACAAACAAUCCCAACUGCGUGACUAUUAAAAAAAUCUUUACGGAUGUUUAAAAGACACCCUUUCACAGAGAUUGAAAGAAAAUCACAGGAAGUUUGCCUAUUCAGUAUGUGUGAGGAACAUGCAUCAUUGUCAGUCUUUGUGCUCUUGCUUAGUACAUAUACUUUUCUGGUCCUCCCUUCUGAAGAUAGAAUAUUUUUUUAGAAGAACAAAGGACCAAGGAGUUAUUAAGAAAGAAGGUAGAUAAGCUACACAAGAAAUGUGUUGUUGCUGCGCCCUUUGGAAACAGGUUUUUAUUCUGCACAGGUUGUUGCAGGGCAUUGGGAUUUUAGUGAGAAACGUGUUUGUCUGAUUUUAUAAUGAGCAGCUACACUGUUGAUUUGCUUUUCUUUUACGUAUACACUUAUUGGAUUGAAAGGAGCAUAGUGUAAGGAUAAUGAAUGUAACUGUGCUCCAGUGAAUGAGAAAAAUAAGGUGAUAUAAAUGUCACCAACUAUCUCCCAUUGUAAUGGGAUGGCCACAAUUGAAAAUCUGAUGUACGAGCUUGCAAUCUUGAUUUUUUUUAAAAAGGUUAGAGCCAUGUGUAUUCUGAAUCUGCCCCUGACAUAUGCCGUAUCACUUUAAUACAACAAGGGAAACGCCUCCGUUGCGAUUUUGGAUUUCUUUGAUCCCUGAAUUCCCAAAGAAUUGCAACUUUGAAUCUGAAGUGCUACCUGAGUAUUGUAGUAUUACUUCUUCCUACACAGUGCGACUGAACAAUUGACGGACUGACUCAUCAUAUCCUGAUGAUCUGAAUAUGAUAAAUUAUUUAGUUUUGAGUAAAUUUCUAGCAGGCUUUUAUUUUGAUUGCAGCUUCAAAAAGCAAAAGAGGUAUUUCCAUAAUUGUCCAAUGCAUGUAAGAUAAGCGGUUGCAUCUAUCACAAGAAGAUUAAAGUGAGAAACACACCUUGCAGCGGAAGUUACUAAUUUGGACCUGAGUGGUACAGUUUCCAUAGCAACUUUGGUUUCCUGGGAAACUCCCAAAGGUUGUCACAGCAUCCAUUCUUUCCCUCCCUCAGUCUUCUGCUGUUUCUAUAGUAACCAUUCCAGAUGGUUCCAACUUCUGUGGCUCCACAGAAAAGCUGCUGCUCUGAUAAAUCACACACACACACAGACACACACACACACAGACACACACACACACAGCCACAGAAUUGUACACCAUUAAUCCCUAAGAGAUUUAGUUGUGGAAGUUAAGCAUUAUUCUGUAUGUAUCAUUUUUAGAUGAGCAAAAUUUGAGAUGGCUGCACAUCAUGAAGAAAAGAGUUAAUAUGGAUUUUUAAAAUAACUGUACUUCACAUUAUAAUAUAAUUAAACACCAAAAGCAAAGAAUUUAUCCCCUGCCAAUCAUCCACAUCUCUUGCACUUUGAUACCUGGAAUUCAUUCUAAAUGAGUUUCCAGAGUUACCUGUACAACUGCAUAGAAGGUUUAAAAAGAUGGCAUUGCACUCUUCUUUAAUCAGAAUAAAUCAUAUAAUAUUGAUUUAUAAUAAUUCUUUAUUGCAUAUGACCUAGCAUUAUGCAAAAAACCCUCUUUUUCAAAGCAUGUACAGCAUUCAAGAUCAAGACCAAAACAUUGAUUACAAAAGGAUGCAGAUCUGGAACAUAAUGGUGAUGAAGUAUUGGUUUAAAAAUACUUAAAAGUCCUCUGGGAAAUGUAUAUCCAUCUUCUCUCAAGUACACAUCUGCGGCUAUGGAGUAUCAGACAGACACAGAGCUCUUGCAGUUUCCCAGCCUCAAGUUUUAACUCUACCUUUGCAAUUGGAACCGCAACGAUAAAAUACUUCACAAGAUGAGAGCCAAAGUAAAUGGAGCAGAACAAAUUGAAACUGCAGACAACAGUUUCCUUCCUUACAGCAGAUGGAUAACAGAAGAUGGCUCAGUAAGUGCUACAGAACUCCAUCAACCUUUAAACUAUUUAUAAAAAAAAAAGAAUGAAAGGCACCAGGAAGAAGUAACUAAUUAUACUAUAGCAUCAUGCGCAGAACUGAAGGAUGGUCUUCCCUCUUAUGCUCACUACGUUAAUACUUAGCUCUGACAUUCUGUCUGUUUUGACACGAGUAUUAUACAGAAAUGAACAUCUUUUAUAUUGUAACAGAAAUCAAAUGCAACAUUACAAAUAAGAUCACAGCUAAGGAAAAGGUGUUCAAUUGUUUGGAUGGUAUAUCUGUCUUCUCAUGCAAGCUUUGGUGACUGGAAAUUUAGUACAGGUAGUCCUCGACUUAAGACCACAAUUGAGCCCAA